GCGUACGACGUUCCUUUGCUUAAUUGGGGUAAUGUGCCUGCAAUACUGAUUUCUCCAUCACAAUGCACCUUUCUUUUCAUUAAGAAACAUAAAAAAAUUCUUAAACUUUUUUCCUCCGAGCUCUGUUAUCUUUGAUGUUAUCGUGUGGCAUUGAUAUCUGGCGGCUUUCUAGGGGUUUUCUCUGCGAGUAAAGAUUUUCUCUUAUUUUAGUUCGUGGAUCUGUACACUGCUUCUCCAGUGUAAAUUUCGCAAACAAAGAAUGAAGGCAAUUUCUUAAAAAGAAACAUAAAUCAAAGAUCAAUGGACCACGUGUGGAAUGUUGCUUUGCUUACAAUGGGAUUUUAUUCUGCAUUGAUCGAUGGUACACUUGCCCGAUAUGAGUAGAAAACAUUUUGGGGGAUUUCGUAACCAGAUCCAAAUUUACUACUUCAGGACACACCGAGAGGGUGCUGGCUUUCAGAGGCUCUCGGUUUGUUUUAAAACUAAACAGGGUUUCCAAAUAUGCGCCUCUAUACGGCGAGUAGGCUAUCACAUGCAUCUAUAUUGUUAUUGUUUCAAGAGGAUUCAAUUGCCUCCUCUUUCUAAGGUUUCAAAGAACAUAAAUAUGAGGAAUAUAAAACGGCUUCUAGGUUGGAGACAGAGUAAACCUACAGAAUCCAAUAGAUUUACAAGAGCAUACCUGCUUCUGUUGGAUUGCAGGUCCAGAACCCUCUAGCACGACUUGGGCUGCUUUGGAAGAAAUAAAGGUGGAAGGCUUUACAAAACCUCUCUACCUUGCAGAGCAAGCCCUGGAUCAUUACCUUGUGUAUGUUUGACAGCCAAUACCAUGCUUUUAUGAGUUUGCAGAGUUAUGAGGUCUUUGUCAGCCCUCCCAUAGCUUUCAUUGAUUAUAGCCUUCAAUAAAAUGGAAAAAGCAGAAUGGUCUAGCCCAUAUGCAAACUAACAACAUCCAGCUCUUUCUGGCCAAAACGAAUCAACGUAGAGCAGGCAAAGUGAGGUUGGAUUUUGUUCAGCCAUUUUUUCAUGGCUUAAAAUUCAUUACCCAAUUCACUUACAGUAAUGGGAAAAUCCCUAGCUGACUUAGACAAUUCAGGGAGGGCAAGAAGGUUCAUAGGAGCUGCUAUUACUUGUUUUUCAACAAAUAAUCAAGUGCCGUUAACUUAAAUCCUAAUAGAAGGGGAAAACUUAUAAUAUUUAUACUCACAUUUCGUAGAUUCAGAUUUAAUAGCUUUAUAUUUACACCUUUGAGCAAAUUAUUAUAUAUUUCAUGUAUGCAAUAUAUCUUUUCAUCUACUCUCAGCAUUCUACAUUUAUAGUCAAUAUCUUGAUGAAGAAAGCUUUUCUUUGAUAAUGAGCAGUGCUCAAAUUUUAUUUCUUCUACCAAUUCACAUUCAAGUGCUUUUAAGUAUUUAAUUUAAAACCUGUUAGUGGGGGAAGGUUUAUUUGAUAAUAUUUGUGCUCACAUUCUAUAGUUUCAGAUUUAACAUCUUCAUACUAUAUUUUUUUCUGUCUAAAGAUAUUGGAGGUCACAAGGGAGAACUUCUUUCCAUUCAAUAUAUUCAACUUAGAAAUCAUUUAAGCCAGAUUCAAACAUAAUAAUCAACACUAAUAAUCUUAAAGAGUCUACAUAACAAGUGAGAAAUAUGUAAGAAAAUAUAUGGAGCAAUCUUCAUUGUAAAUAGAGGGGAACAGAGUGAGAUGGUUGGAAGCUAGUUCUAUGGGGGAGGAGUGCAGGGGAUCUUUGGAAUGGAAUGGAAUGGCAGACCAACGCUGCCAAAUGAAAGAGACUCUCAAUGAAAUUUCUUGGGGAAGGUCACUGGGAGAUCAAGAGGGAGUGGAAAGAAACGUUCCCAGAGCACAAGUGCCAUCAGGUGAUUCUCAACAGCGAGAGUUGAGGAUGCACACCAACUGUUUGAGGAAAUGUCAGAAAGAAGUGUGGCCUCGUGGAAUGCCAUGCUUGUAGGAUCGUUGUCAUAUCGUUGAAUCUAACCGGUUUUUAGUAGUAACAACUAUAGCAAAUUUCUGAUGCAAUCACAAUAUAAGAAAACAUACGAAUGAUUUAGUCUUGAAUGGAGCGGGAAUGGAAAAGGGAACCCACAAUGGGAGGUCGCUGGAGAUUUCAGACGAGGGAUUCCUUUACCUAUCCUCGGUGGGAUCGUUUUGACAGUUGGGGGAUCAGGGACGGCAGGUCACGGCAUAGGCAGAAUAACUACCAGAGAAAUCCAAGGGCCAUAAACAAUCACUUGCAAUGGCAGAGGCAGAGAAGGGUUUUCCAGAAACAACCCGUUUUUGACAUGUGUGGCUCAGAGUCUCCACUGUGUAAGCACUGCACCUACCCCAAUAACAUUCCCAUUAAGGGGAAUGGAGUCCCUUUCAACCCAAAUGCACAGAAGGAGGUUUCUCAAAAGAUGAACAAGGACCCACGGAGGCUGAUCGAUAGGUACACAAAUCAUUUUCCCAACGUACAGGCUGAGUGGGAGAACCAAAGAAAACUUCAUCCUACUCUACAGCAAGCUGUUCACUCAGAAGGUGGAGACCAUAGUAAAAUUAUUGGGAAUGGAGUCUCUUUCAACUCAAAUGCACAGAAGGAGGCUUCACAAAAGAUGAACAAGGACUCACAGAGGCUGUUCGAUAGGAACACAAAUCGUUCCCCUAACGGACAGGCUGGGUGGGAGAACCAAAGACAGCUUCAUCCUAUUCUACACCAAGUUGUUCAACCAGAAAGCGGAGACCAUAGCAUAUUUAUUCUCGAAAGGAUGAUUAAUGCUCAGGUAGAAGACCUAAAAUCUCGGGCCCUAAUCGGUAAGAUAGUUGAUUUUGUCCCUGAUCAGAAUUUUAUUUGUCAAUGGGUGGGAAAGAAUUGGGAAGGGGUUACGGAUUCCUUUUGUAUAGAUAAUGGGGAGGGGUUUUUCAUGGUACUUUUUGAAGACAAUGAGUCACGAGAUAGGAUCCACAGAAAAAAGGACUGGUUUAUUGCUGGUAGAGGCUUGAUUACUCAGAUCUGGUAUCCAAACUUCAUUCCCAGCCAAAGUUUUUGUUCCAUUGUCCCGGUGUGGAUCUCCUUCCCUUCUCUGCCUCUGGAAUAUAGGGACACAUAGAUCUUAGAAGUGAUGGGUAAUUCUCUGGGUAUAUUUUUAAGAUUGCAACUCUUGGUAUUCGAGGACUGUAGCAAUUCUACUAGGAUCUGUAUUCUUAAGGAUGCUAAGAAGAAAUGGCAUUCUUAAGGAGCUCCAUUAUCCAAAAUAUCAAAGACCGAAUUGCAUCAUGGAGGCCAGAUGGUUAUCUUUGGCUGGAAGGAUUCUUUUGGUUAAAGCCAUUCUUAGCUCUAUUCCGAAUUAUGUGAUGACAGUCCUCCUUGCCCCUAGGGGGGUUUUAGAAUCAAUUAAGAAAUGCCUUCGGGAUUUCAUAUGGAAAGGCAAUUUAGACGACAAGAAAAAGAUUGUGUUGAUCUCAUGGGAGAAAAUGUGUUUACCAAGGUCUCAUGGUGGCGUAGGGACCCAUAAUCUUCUAGACAGAAAUCUUAGUCUAGGGGCCAAGUUGGCCUGGAAAUUUUAUGAGAAUCCAUCAGCUCUUUGAGCAAGAAUAAUUAGGAUUAAAUACUUGGACUCAGAUGAGCCGGAAAGAAUAUUCACCAUGAGGAAUCCUCUGGGGAUCUGCAACGUGGAAUCUAUUGGUAAAGAGUAGGGUACUUCUUCUUGCUUACCUUUCAUGGGAGAUAAAUUCAGCAUCCAAAGCUCUCUUUUGGAGAGAAUCUUGGAAUGGUCUCCCCCCUCUUGACUCAAUGGGUAAAUUUCCUAAUGCUCAGGCUGAUUUGGAGAGGUUGUGGGGUAAGAAGGUUUGUGAUUAUCUUUCCUUUUCCGUGGCAGAUGGUGUAGUCAGGGCUAAGUGGAAGGAUAUACCGGAUGGUGUGAUCCCAGCAGAGGAAAAAGAUGAACUUGUUAAUAUCUUAAAUCAGAGGUCGGUCUUUGUUUCCAAUGAGGAAGAUAAAUUAAUUUGGGCAUUUAGUAAAAGUGGAAAAUAUUUGGUUAAGGAAGGGUAUCUUUCACUGUCAAAGGGUGUGUAUCCAGCGAAAUCUAGAGAACGUUCCUUUUGUUGGCAUGAUGUGGUUCUUCCUAAGGCUGGUGCAUUCUUAUGGCUAGCUUUACAUAAUCGUAUUCUCACUGGUGAUCGACUGCACAGAUUGGGUAUCUCUGAUAAUUUUUUGUGUGUUUUGUGUUGCAAUUUAGAGAAGAUGCAGAUCACUUGCUUCUCACUUGUGACUUUGCUUGGAAAUGUUGGGGUGCAGUGUUGGAUAAACUAGGUUGGACUGCUCCGAUUCCUAGUUCUCUUUCCCAAUGGGUGAAUGGGUGGCCUUUAUUGCAUAAAAGCUCCUUCUUUGCAGCUAUUUGGAGGAUUAUUCCAGCACUUGUGGUAUGGGGGAUUUGGUGGGAGCGUAAUAAGAGGAUAUUUAUGAAAGAGGUCAUGGAGAUUGACAAGGCGUGUGGUCUUAUGGAGCAGUCGAUCACAGAAUGUGUGAAUUCUUAUGUUUCAAGGACAAAAAAUCUAUCGUCUACAUUCUCUUCUUUUGAUUCCAAAAUACUUAACAACUAGAAGAAGAUUUCUAUUCCUUUCUGAGGGGUAUUGGUGGGAAAAGCAUCCAAAAAGGAUAUUAGAAACCAAGUUAGGUGGCAAUGUCCUUCAGAUUCAUAUGUUAAGUUAAACUUCGAUGGGGCUUCCAAAGGAAACCCAGGCAGAUCGGGUGUAGGCUGUGCUAUUCGGGAUUUCUCAGGCAAGUUCUUGAAAGCUUUUUACUCCCGACUCACUGAUGGCUUUAAUAAUCUUGCUGAGGCUAGAGCUCUCUUGGAGGGUAUCAGAUUGUCUCUAGCCAUGGGUAUAAGAAAGAUACACAUUGAAGGGGAUUCCCAAGUUGUCGCAUCUGCAUUAUCUUCUUGCUCUAUAGUAUCAUGGGAUCUUCAAUAUGUUCUCCGGGAAGUCUGGAGGCUCCUACCACGAUUUCAUUCAUACAAGUUUUCUCACUGCUACAGAGAGGCGAACCAAGUUGCUGAUCACCUUGCUAAUUUGGGUGUUAAUUUGGAGCAGGGGUCCGUAGUGGUUGAAGGUUCCAAUGUGGCGAAAUUGUUUACUAAUUCCAGCUUGUCAGCUGGCAUGUUGGGUGAAGUGCCUACCUGGAGAUGACAUCACAAAUUCAUAUAAUGUCGUCCAAUUUCCAUUUCAAUCUGAAUCUCAGAGCUCUCUGUAUGGAUGGCCACUUGAAGGAGGCUCUUCACAUUCUAUUUACUUCAUACAAUUUGGUAAAAUCUUCUACAUAUCUUCAACUAUUGCAGGCCUAUAUUUCCAAGAAAGCCCUUUCAGAGGGUAAGAAAAUCCACUCUUACAUCAACAGCAGAGGUUUUACAUUUGCUAUAAUUAGUCUCAGUCUCAGUCUCAGUCGCAUCUACAUUCAGAAUCUUGUAGAAAAAUUAUAUAGGAUUGAAGUUAAGAUUCUUAUCUUUCUACCAUGAGUACUUUAGUCUCAGUCGCAUCUACAUUCAGGGUAAUGUAGAAAUCUAGGCGUGGAAGAAUGAAAAUGAAUGUAUGUGAGGUUUAGCUUAAUAAGAGAUUGGAGGGCGCUAAAGAAGUGCAUGGUAAGGUACAGGGGAAGUAAAAAAUAUCUGAACAGAGAACAAAGAAAAGGGUACGACACACUGGCUGGAGACGAACAGGAGCAGCAACAACACUGAGCAAUUACAAACAAACCUGAAAGUGGAGAGAAGUCUGCAAAGAAAUCACAAGGGCGUUAAAAUGCUUGCCAAAAUUCUCUACAGAAUACAAAACUUGAGGGCAUAGAUUGCCCUCAUAAACCCAAGAAAAUCUGAAAAUUAAACUGCAUUGAUGACGAAGAGCAGUGAAAGAAACAACAUGGAGGGUAUCUGAAUUGGUCUAACGAUAUCUUUUCAAGGGGAAACAAAAAAAUUGGUUUUAGUUUUCUGGAAACACGAUAUACAUGUCAAUGUAUGACCAAAGUGAGGAUGCACACAAAGUGUUUGAGUUCACUUUCUUCACUAUUCUCUCUGUGUGUUCUGAGGUCACAUCUGUAAAACAUGGUUUGAAAAUCCAUGGGAAGAUAACAAGAUGCGGGUUUCAAUCUAAUGUUAACAUGGUGAAUACCCUGGAGUGAAUGUUUGCAAAUUAGGGUAACAUAGAGAAGGCGUGCGAACUAUUUGAUAAAAUGCCUAACAUAGACACGGUUUCCUGGAAUGCAAUGAUUACAGCAUAUGCACAAAAUGCUGCUCUUGAUGAGGCUCUGCAACUUUUCCAAGAAAUUCCGCAACCUAUUUUGAUUUCAUGGAAUGCAAUGAUUUCUGGAUAUGCACAAAAUUUGCUUGUUGAAAAAAGCCCUGGAGAUGCUAAAGCAAAUGCAGUACAUGUUUGCAAAAUGUGGAAGCAUGCAGAAGGCACGUGAUUUGUUUGAUUAUAUGAUUCAAAGGGAUGUUAUCUCAUGGACAUCAAUCAUUGUUGGAUAUACACAAAAUGGGCUUAUGCUUAUUCCGCAAUGCCCCACUUAUCUGGGAGUGAUUACUCGGAUGUAUUUGAGCAAGGAUAGGAGGUUUUCUUGUUGGCUUCUUUCCUCCUUGAGCUUUUGAACCAGUUUCUCAAUCAAUAAAGUAUGGUGGCUUGCCACUUUUAUUUUAACACAAAUUGAAGAAAAAAAAUAAAAUAAAAGAUAUUCGAACAUGGAUCUCCAACUGAAAACCCUAU